AUGAGUGAAAUUGUGGGUGGAGCCAAUCCUCCUCUUCCAAUGCCUGCAACAGUUCCAUCAGAAUCAUCAAAAAGUGGUGGUGAUGAUGUUGCAAGGCCAAGAGAGGUAUUGGAGGAUGUAGGAUUAGUCCAAGAGAGUCUAGCAGCAAACGUGGUCUCGACUGCACAAGUUCUUGCCAGUGCGGUUCUGAAUAUUAGAGAUACUGAACUUAGUAGAUCUUUCUCUGAGAAAAACUGCAGUAGAAGAGAAGAUCUAAAGUGCAACAGGAGUCCAAAGAACUUCUCGACUAUACUCGAAAGGCAAUAG